AUGAAAUAUGGAGAUGAUUUGUUAUCCAACAUCGAUGAAGAAGAAAUUGCAAGCACCUCAUCAAAAGAUGCAAAAGGACAGACAGCUAGUGACAGCACAAACAUAUCAUCAGGUGAUGGGCGCCCCGCAUCGCAAUCUCGCCGUAAGCAAGAUCUCUCAACAAUCCGCGAAAAUAAUGAUGAAGUUAUGAUUGUGCGUUAUUCAAACGGUGAAGCAUCUCUCCCGAAGGAUCUCUCUGAGAUUCCUGUUUACCUUACUGAGACACAACGUGAUUUAUUUUUCUCAUUUAUCCGUCCUGCUUCCCCUUCAAGUGAUGGCGCAUCAAGUGCUCAUAAGUGCAUGCAAUGCGGUGACAUUAUUGCGAAUAUAUCGGAGGGACGGCGGCAUGCUGUGAGUCAUUUGCGCAUCAUGCGUUUGCGUUGCUCAUUGUGCGGGUGUGGUUCAUUUUUCUGUUCCGACAUGCGAACUCACUUGCAAUACAGACAUUGUGAUAAAUUGCAUCUUGCACCAAGAGGAUACGUACUGCCGGGCAACGUCCUGCCGUGUAUGACACAGAGACAAGCCGAUGACCUCACUCGAGUUGUGGAUGCAAUGAAGCCAGGUCGUGUAAUGUAUACUUCGGGGAAAAUUAUUAGCUCAACUAAUCCAAAACCAUAUUACCCGGAUCCGAUAAUUGAAGAGCGCGUUCUGGGCACACUUUUACCGGAAAUCGACGCUAGUAGUGACCAGGGUCGAAAUAUUUCAACAAGUAGCACAGGAAGUGUCAACACUGUUGUUGGAAAAUCGUAAUAAUGUUUAAUUAGGUAUUAUUUUGUGUGUCGCCC